AUGCUGUCGCCGUACGAAUUUAGGGAUUUUGAUUCGCCGCUGGAGCGUGUUGCUGCUAGGAUGUUUAGCGAUACACAUUUUGACGACUUUGAGAGAUAUUUCAAGCAGGAUUUGCUGAAGGACCGUCCGUUACUUCGAUUUGGUUCUUCGGGCCAUCAGAUGAGGAAGGAAGACGAUAAAGUUAUUAACAAUGCCAAAGAAUUUUCCGUUGAACUCAAUGUCUCGCAGUUUCGCCCCGAAGAGCUUUCAGUGUCUGUUCAUGACGAAGAAUUGGUUAUUGAGGGACACCACGAAGAACGUGACGAAGAAUGUGGUACGGUGGAACGUCAUUUUACUCGUAAAUACACACUGCCUAAAAAUGUCAACCCGGAAUCAAUUGAGUCUCAUAUGACUAAAGAGGGCCAUAUGACUGUUAAGGCGAAGAAGCUUGAGCAACUGAAAGUAAGAACGAUCCCAAUUCAGUGCACAAUGGCGCAAAAAAGGUCUGCUGAGGAUGACCCAGAGGAUGACAAGCCUGUGAAAAAGACUCGUAGAGGGAAAAAGUCUACUUGA